AAGCGCUGGGGGAGCUCACGCGCAGCAGUGGGCUUAAAUUUUGAAGGAGUUCUAUGAGACCCCUCACCCCCUGGCAGUAGACGCUAUGGCGAUCCUGACCGUCUUCUUUCUUUUGUUGAUGUUACCUUUUGGAGUCGUCGGUUCCGUUAGACUUGUUAAUGGUAACAGACCAUGCGAAGGAAGAGUUGAAGUCUUCUAUAGAGGCCAGUGGGGUACAGUGUGUGAUGAUAGCUGGGACAUUGCUGAUGCUAAUGUUGUAUGUUUACAAGUUGGAUGUGGCACAGCAGUUUCUGCCCCACAAAGAGCUCGGUAUGGGCGGGGAUCUGGGCCUAUUUGGAUGGAUGAGGUUUAUUGUAAUGAGAGAAACACUCGUCUAGAAGAAUGUCAGUUUGGAGGAUGGGGUAGCCACGAUUGUAGACAUAGUGAAGAUGCGAGUGCUAUUUGUGAAGACUUCCUGUGUCCUGCCCCAAGAGACAUUGCUAAUGGAAGUGUUUCAUACACCGGAAAUUCACUUGGGGACACAGCACAUUACUCUUGUGAUAAUGGUUUUAUCUUAUUUGGACAUAAUGUAACAAGAUGUCAAAAGAAUUCCACAUGGGAAAAUCCCCCAACAUGUCUUACAUCCGCAAUAUCAUUUCAGAGUAACCAGUAUACUGCUAUUGAAGGGGUGGAUGAGUCUGUUACUAUCACAGUAGUGAGAUAUGGAGACAACAGCUCUGAUCUUUGUGUUAGUAUUUCAAUUUCAGGAGGAAACGAAGCAAUGCUCGAUGUUCCAUUAAACCUUUUUUUGGUUGCAAGUGAAAUUCAAUCUACUCUUACGGUUCCUGUUGGAGACGAUGUUAUCGUUGAAAAUGAUGAAACGACAACUAUAGUGUUGUCAGUUAAUAACACUGAUGUGGGAAUUAUCAACAACACAGAUGCAGUAAUUACCAUAUUUGACAAUGAUGGAUAUUCAGCUGAGUUGACAGUGGAGAUAGUGAGUGCAGCAUCUCUAAAAGUAUCGUGGCACAAAAAUGACACUGAUACCAUUGCAUCCACCGUGAAAUAUGAAUGUGCUACACCUCAAACUGAUCAUAUUGCAUCGACAAUUGAACGGACGCUGCCAUAUCCUGACACAUCCACCUACUUCGACAUUUCUUUUUGCUACUAUGACCCCGAGAAGAAGUACAAACACACAGCCACACUGCUCCAGACUAGCACAACUCCCAGCAAAGAACCAACCCUGACUUCAAACAGUUUUUAUAUAGAUUACAAGUACUUCCAGAUUCAGUUUGGUCCAAUGAAGUUAUGUCUUGAUUGGAAGGUAGGAGAACAACAGCACAUUGAGUCAAAGACUGCACCUGGUUUCUCAGAGUCAUUCAUUGGACAAGGGUAUUUUCUGUGCCACGAUAACCCAAACACACCCACCUAUCGCUCCUACAUCACCACUCCUUAUCCAGUGAGCACCAAUACCAAUUCUAGUGAUCUACUAGCCAUCAUUGAGAACUGGAUAUCUUCAGCUCCAAUAAUGCUCUUUGAUUUGCUUCUGGUGAAGAUCAAUCCCAGAUGUCCUAUUGGCAUAUCAAGCGGCUUUGACGAUAAACCACCGAUAACCAAAGACGUAUGUCGUGAAUGUAAACAUCAGCUACAGGAUUUUGUUAAUUUUGGCACGCUUCAGAAACAGUUCGAGAAACACGGCAUCCCGUUAUAUAAUUUUGAUGAUGUUAGAAGGGAGCUAAAGGACAACAAUGAUGAGAUUGACUGCAUGUUAGACUUUUUGACCAAGGUGGAUAAUGGCUUUCAGAUAUUUUAUGACAGUCUCAGAAAGACGCAGCACUCAUGCCCCAAACACAAGCUAGCAGCUGAUAUUUUGAAAUAUACAGUUCCUAUUGGAGACGAUGUUAUCGUUGAAAAUGAUGAAACGACAACUAUUGUGUUAUCAGUUAAUAACACUGAUGUGGGAAUUAUCAACAACACAGAUGCAGUAAUUACCAUACUUGACAAUGAUGGAUAUUCAGCUGAGUUGACAGUGGAGAUAGUGAGUGCAGCAUCUCUAAAAGUAUCGUGGCACAAAAAUGACACUGAUACCAUUGCAUCCACCGUGAAAUAUGAAUGUGCUACACCUCAAACUGAUCAUAUUGCAUCGACAAUUGAACGGACGCUGCCAUAUCCUGACACAUCCACCUACUUCGACAUUUCUUUUUGCUACUAUGACCCCGAGAAGAAGUACAAACACACAGCCACACUGCUCCAGACUAGCACAACUCCCAGCAAAGAACCAACCCUGACUUCAAACAGUUUUUAUAUAGAUUACAAGUACUUCCAGAUUCAGUUUGGUCCAAUGAAGUUAUGUCUUGAUUGGAAGGUAGGAGAACAACAGCACAUUGAGUCAAAGGUAAAGCAAAAAGUCACUGACAUCAUUCUUGAGCACUGUUCAGACUGCACCUGGUUCUCAGAGUCAUUCAUUGGACAAGGGUAUUUUCUGUGCCACGAUAACCCAAACACACCCACCUAUCGCUCCUACAUCACCACUCCUUAUCCAGUGAGCACCAAUACCAAUUCUAGUGAUCUACUAGCCAUCAUUGAGAACUGGAUAUCUUCAGCUCCAAUAAUGCUCUUUGAUUUGCUUCUGGUGAAGAUCAAUCCCAGAUGUCCUAUUGCCAUAUCAAGUUUGAACGAACCCGAGUGCUUUUGAGAGUAAACUUUCUCUUUAGAACAGUUGAACAAUGAUAAUUUUGUUAUAGCGUUAAUGAAAGUGUUCCUUCAUCUAAAUUUUAAUACACUGCUGCCACAACUGCAUUUUUGUGGAGAGACUGCAUAAGUAUGAGAACU